GUAACCCCUCUCAUCAGGGCUGCAGCGACGACAACAACAAGGAAGUGAUUGAGCGAGAAGAAUCGUCUCCUUCGCUGCCGCUAAAGCCAACAGUCGCCGCAAUCCUCCGUAGCCGAGUGAGCCGUCUUUUCUGACGCCAUCAUCAUGAACAGCAAAGGUCAAUAUCCUACACAGCCUUCCUACCCAGUUCAACCUCCUGGUAAUCCAUCAGUGUUCCCGCAGACCAUACCACUUCCUCAGGCUCCACCUUACACUGAGGCCCCUCCUGCUUACUCGGAACUCUACCGCCCAAGUUUUGUGCACCCCGGAGCUGCCACUGUACCUACCAUGUCUGCAGCUUAUCCUGGUGCUUCACUCUAUCUUCCUGUGGCUCAGUCCAUGGCUAUGGGUCCAAUGGGUUCUUCAGUCCCACUGGCAUUUUACCCGGUUGGUCCUGUCUAUCCUCCUGGAUCCACUGUUCUUGUUGAAGGUGGCUAUGAUGCUGGAGCAAGGUUUGCAGCUGGUGCCCCUGCUAAUCUUCCUCCCCCUCCUCCUGGCUGUCCUCCCAACGCAGCCCAGCUGGCUGUCAUGCAGGGUGCCAACGUGCUAGUGACGCAACGGAAGGGCAACUUCAUGGGAGGCUCUGAUGGUGGCUACACCAUCUGGUGAAAGAAGGGGGGCUACAUUGGUGUAAAGGAACGACAUCACAUACUGUCAGCACUUCUCACAAUGUAACCGCUUUAGUUGUAUUAACCUGAAGUUGCAGUUUAGACACAUGAUGAUGCAGGGUGUCUUCCUGGUGCCCUGACCCUUCAGGCACUUUUUCUUUUAAAAAUUAAAACAAACAAAAAAAAGCAAACUUUAAAUACAAAAACCAUGCAAUGGUAGGAGUGCCUCUCUUAAACUUUGGGGGUUAAAUUGUGAAAUGAGCGUGAGCUGAGCUGCCCCACAGAUUUACUUUUAAUUUCAGUGGAGAGUGCUUUCACUGCAGCACACUCUCUUUUUUUGGCUUUUAUUAAUCAACUAUAUAUAAAAUCGGGGUGGGGUGGGGGGUGGUGAGAAAAGGCCGGGAGUGGGGGGAGAAAGGGAAGUUUUGAAGAAAGCUGGCUUCCAAGUAUCAUAUAAAGCUUGCAGAUAUGCCUGCUGCCAACUAAUAGGACUAUGAUAAUGCAUCUUCUUUCCUCCUCCAUGGAAUCAAUGGUGCUGGGGAGAAAGGUAGUCAGAUAUAAUUUGGGGGGGGGAGGGUGACAUCCAUGGUGGAUGCCUAUUAGCGAAGCAGGGUGGGGGCUCAAUUGUCAGAUUUCGGAAUCCCUCAACCAGUUCUUUCUACUCACUUUUGCUCUCUGUUCCUUUGCUUGGAAGGUUUGCAGCUAGAGCGUUGGCCUGGGAUGUUUUUUUAAUACACUCUUAAGUGAAUCUUGGACUCCUUUGCACAUUAAGAAUCUAACUGAAGCCAUGUUUUGGUGCCAGAAACACAACAUUUCAUUAAAUGCUUCCUGUACUUUUCAAAAUAAAAAUGAGAGUUUAAAAUUGACCUUUUUUUUUUUUAAGGCGGGGGGGAAGCAACCCAGUGUCUUGAUAACAAAACUGUAUGGAAUGUUAUUCAGGCAAGAGAGACAAGAACGCCUAGUGAGUUUGCUGGAUUUGAUGGGUUGGGGUUUUGUGUUGUUUUUUAGAUGCAAACUUUAAAAAGUGGCUUGGGUACAAUGAAGUCUUAUUAGAGUUAAGAAGAAUAUUUCAGGGAUCCUCAAUCUUUUUUGUUGUUGUUGCUUUUGUUUUUAUGAAUUAAAAAAAUAUCAGAUUUGGUGAAUAUAUUUUAUCUUAAUUUUCUGUGUGUUGUAUGUGUCAUGGUCAACCAUACAGCCGACUGUUAAUGAAAGGUUGGGAUUCUAGGUCUCUCUGUAAACACUGUGGUGCACUUAACUUGUGGAAUUUUUAUACUAAAAACAAGUAGAAUAAAGGCUAUUUUGAAAAUUUGAAUAAAGUGACAAAGUUGAAUUUAGCCUCUUAAAUUCCUGUCCAUCAUAA